UGUCGCCACUCGUACUGAGCAUUCGAAACGUAUUUGAAUCGAAUGAAGUGCAUGCUUGCACACAGGGAAACUUGAAAGCUUUCGUGAAUAAGUUUGAAUAAAGAACAGGAGCAGCUAUUAAGACCACAACAUGAACGUCCAACCAUCAAAUCCCAAUAACCCGAUUGUGUUUUUCGACGUCACCGUCGGCGGGCAGGAAGUGGGGAGGUUGAAGAUGGAGCUGUUUGCAGAUGUGGUGCCCAAAACAGCAGAGAACUUCAGGCAGUUCUGCACUGGAGAGUUCAGGAAAGAUGGAGUCCCCAUCGGAUUUAAAGGCUGCACUUUCCACAGGGUUAUUAAGGACUUCAUGAUCCAGGGUGGAGACUUUGUUAACGGGGAUGGUACCGGUGUGUGCAGUAUCUACAGAGGUCCAUUCGCAGACGAAAACUUCAAGAUGAAACACUCAGCUCCAGGACUGCUGUCAAUGGCUAACAGUGGUCCCAGUACUAACGGCUGCCAGUUCUUCAUCACGUGCACCAAGUGUGACUGGCUGGACGGGAAACACGUCGUCUUCGGUAAAGUGGUGGACGGACUGCUGGUGAUGAGGAAGAUUGAGAAUGUCCCGACGGGUCCCAACAACAAACCCAAGCUGCCCAUCCUGAUCUCCCAAUGUGGAGAGAUGUAAACACGCUGAAGACACACACCCGAGAGGAGAGGGGAGAGAGAGAGAGUGUGUGUGUGUGUAUGCGUGUGUGUAUGCGUGUGUGUGUGUGUGUGUGUGCGCGCGCGUGUGUGUGUGUGUGUGCGCGCGUGUGUGUGAUUUGAACCCUGCUCUCAUUUGUCAUUUGUAAUAACGUGGUGAUGAAUCGAUUAUGUUUCCAAAUAAAUCUGCUUUUUACUGAA